GAAGUUGCAUCGACGUCGGGAUGGAGUUUCAUGGGAGCGACACGCGUUUUAAAUAUUCAUAGUGAUUGUGAGGGUGCCAUCGAACUUUUUUUUUUUUGACCAUGGGUGCCGUUUUUAAUUAGAUUCUCUCGUCGAAUCGGUUCGAUUCAGAUACAAAGAGAGCCCAAAAUUUAUCGACGCUAAUGAAUGGAAAAGCAUCCUUAUCAGGAUUUCUCUUUUGAGGAUUCGAUUAUGAAGAUAUUUCGUAGUAUUUUAUUGAAUUUUAUACUGGGCCUCCUAGAAACAAGCGACGCAGUAGAUCCUUCACAAUGCAUUGCACCCCUCGGUAUGGAAAGCGGAAUUAUACGAGAUUCAGAUAUAACUGCGAGUUCGUCUUUCGAUAACGGCAACGUCGGACCCCAAAACGGCAGGAUACGAACCGACAAAAACGGCGGAGCCUGGUGUCCGAUGAAACAAGCGACGACGGAACCGGACGAAUGGCUGCAAAUCGACUUGCGAAACGUCCGUAUGAUAACCGCUACCGAAACGCAAGGACGUUUCGGCAACGGACAAGGCAUCGAAUACGCCGAAGCGUACAUAUUGGAAUAUUGGAGACCGAAAUUACACAAAUGGAUCAGGUAUCACAAUAGUAAAGGCGAAGAAGUUAUAACCGGCAACAUAAAUCCGUAUCUGGAAGCUAAACGCGAACUAGAUCCGCCGAUAUGGGCGAGUAAAUUUCGAUUUUACCCGUAUAGUUAUCACAAGAGGACUGUUUGUAUGCGAGUCGAAUUGUACGGUUGCCAAUGGACGGACGGUAUAAUAAGUUAUUCGAUGCCGCAGGGAGAUAAGCGCGGCAACAAUUGGGAAUUUUAUGAUUUCAGAUACGACGGCGAUUGGGACGGUAAUAUGCUGAAGAACGGUUUGGGUCAAUUGACAGACGGCAAAUUCGGACACGACGAUUUCAAAUCGGAUUUUUACGACGGUCAAACUUGGGUCGGUUGGAAAAACGACACCAGACACGGCGGACCAAUCGAAAUCGUAUCGGAAUUCGAUAGAAUACGAGAGUUUUCGUCCGUGCAUAUUUAUAGCAACAAUCAGUUUACCAAGGAAGUGCAGAUUUUUUCCAUGGCCAAAGUAGAUUUUAGUAUAGGCGGGAAGCGGUUCUCCCGAAGCGAGCCGAUCACCUACGAAUACAUCGAAGAUCGAAUAUUCGAAAGUUCUAGAAACGUAUCGAUUAAAUUGCACCACAGAAUCGGAAAGUUCGUUAGGAUUCGAUUAUAUUUCGCUUCUAAAUGGAUACUGAUAAGCGAGAUUUCGUUCGAUUCCGUCGUCGCGAACGGUAAUUUCACAGUCGAGGCGGAACCCACCUCGACACCGGCCGAGGACAGUUUAUCGGAAGAAGAAAAACACGAUCAUAAGAUCGAAAUUCCCGUACCGAACGAUGUCAACGAACCCGCUAUAGUCGCUAUUAUCGUUAUAGGUAUCAUUUUGGCCAUUCUAUUGAUUGGUACUAUGGCGAUUCUCGUUUAUAGAUUGAGGAAUAGGAAAUUUUUCGGUAGUCCUAAUUCAUCGAAUAUCGAUUUUCCGAGUACAACGAUGCCGCAUCUUCAACCGGAAUCAGUUUAUGCAUUCAAUGAAAAAGAAAGUUCCAUCGAAGCUUAUGGGGUGACUGAGAUCGAAGAUUAUCGAAUGGUGCAAGGUACGAUGAAAUCGAGUCUGAGAUCGACUUUACCCCUACCCCACCCCGGACAUAUAACUGAAAACAACGAAUACCAAGAACCAUAUCAGGCCAUGAAAUUCGCUCCUUAUUAUAGCUACAGUCCAGUCGUUAUGGAAAUGAAAGACAAAAUCAACAACACCAUAGAAAAACAAUUAAAACCGACAGAUAACUAUGAAUAUGUUACGCCCGAGGGCAGUAAUCUUCCCUUACUGUCCGACAGCGAUAGUACGUUAACUUUAUAUAGAAACAGAUUAACGAGCACGUCGUCGAAAGCUCCCAAGACGUCAACGAAAUCGACACACAACGAGGAUAUAGUUAAACAAUCCCCUACCAGACAAGACGCGAUUGCGGCACUAAAAAAUCGAUUGGACGGUAAUAAUUUGAAAGAAAUACCUCGACAUCGUCUUCGAAUGCUCACCAAGUUAUCGGAAGGCGCUUUCGGAACGGUGUAUAUAGCCGAAGCUGAUAGUAUAAACGAAUUUUCUUCGACGUUCUGUAGAUUAACCCGAUUGGUGGCUAUAAAAUUUUUAAAAGAAACCGCCGGGGACAAAGAGAGACAAGAUUUUUUCAGAGACGUUCGGAUACUGGCCGCCCUAGAAGAUCAAAACAUAGCUCGAGUUUUGGGCAUAUGCAGUUUGGACGAUCCACUCUGCGUCGUAAUGGAAUAUUUGGAUCAAGGUGAUUUGUGUCAAUUUUUGAGGACGAAUCAUCCAGCGUACAACACGUUAACUUUCGAUUGCCUCCUGUAUAUGAGCGUGCAGAUAGCGUCCGGUAUGAAAUAUCUGGAAACAUUGAAUUUUGUUCAUCGAGAUUUGGCGACGAGGAAUUGUCUCAUUGGAAACGGAUAUCAAAUAAAAAUUUGCGAUUUCGGAACGUACAACGAACUCUACGUCAACGAUUAUUAUAAAGUCGACGGUUAUACGCCGUUGCCGAUACGUUGGAUGGCGUGGGAGAGCGUCUACCAGAGUAGGUACACUACGAAAAGUGACGUUUGGGCAUUCGGCGUAACUCUAUGGGAAAUAUUGACGAGUUGUCGUCAAAAACCGUUCGAUUCGAUGUCGGAUCCGGACGUAAUGGAAAAUUUGGCGCGCCAUAGUCGCGACGACGGUCAAUUUAAAUAUUUACCAAGACCUAGCGCUCAUAAAGAUAUAUACGAUCUGAUGAUGGAGUGUUGGAAAAGGGACGAAACCGAUAGGCCUACGUUUAGAGAGAUUCACCUAUUUUUGCAAAGGAAAAAUUUGGGUUACGUCCCUGUAUAGUUAUCGGCGAUUUGUUACGACGAUUUAAUAUGGGAACAAUAUUGUAAAUAAAUACACAGGGUGAUACUUUUUAAAAUAUUUAUAUAGAUUUAAAAAAAAAUUAAAAAAAAAAUGCAUCGAAUAUUUAUUUUAUGGAAGAAUGGUGAUUUAUUAGGGGACAUCCUGAAUAAUAAUAAUUUUUUUUAUAUUAAUAAACUGGUAGAUGAUAAUCGCUUGUUGAAAGUUGUAGUCGGUAGUUGAUACUGUAUAAAAUGAUCCGUUGUUUGAACAAUCCCUGUAUGUGCCUAUUUAUCUAUUAUUGAAUUAGUUAUAAACGAUGGGACAAUGGGUAUAACGAAAUAGCGGAAAAUAAAUUAUUAUUAUAUUAUAGCGAUCUUUCUAGAACACAUUUAAUUAUCCCAAGAUAAUAUGAGAACAUUAUAAAUUGUUCUCAAUGAUCCUGGAACGAUUUCAGAACAUUUUAAAUUGUUCCGAGUCAUUCUAAACGAUUCCAGGGCAUUUUUGUAACAUUAUAAAUCAUUUUAGAUCAUUUUGAAUGAUUCCAGAACAAUUUGAUAACUUUAAAAAAUCUUCUAAAUGAUUCCAAACAAUCUGAGAACAUCAUAAAUUGUUCUACAUGAUUCCAAAACAGUUUGAGAACAUUAUAAGUUGUUCUAAACGAAUCCAAACAAUUCGAGAGCAUUAUAAGUUGUUCUAGAUUGUUAAAAAACAAUUUGAGAACAUUAUAAAUUGUUCUGGAUUCUUCUUAAUAAUUCCAAACAAUCUGAGAACAUCAUAAAUUGUUCUAUAUGAUUCGAAAACAAUUUGAGAACAUUAUAAGUUGUUCUAAACGAAUGCAAACAAAUCGAGAGCAUUAUAAAUUGUUCUAGAUUGUUAAAAACAAUUUGAGAACAUUAUAAAUUGUUCUGGAUUCUUCUAAAUGAUUCCAAACAAUCCGAGAACAUCAUAAAUUGUUCUUGAUUGUUUUAUAUGAUUUCAAAACAAUUUGAGAACAUUAUACGUUGUUCUAAGCGACUCCAAACAAUUUGAGAGCAUUAUAAGUUGUUCUAGAUUGUUAAAAACAAUUUGAGAACAUUCUAAAUUGUUCUGGAUUCUUCUAAAUGAUUCCAAACAAUCCGAGAACAUCAUAAAUUGUUCUUGAUUGUUUUAUAUGAUUUCAAAACAAUUUGAGAACAUUAUACGUUGUU